AUGGUCAAGGUUACUGUUUGUGGAGCUGCCGGAGGUAUUGGUCAGCCAUUAUCACUCUUGUUGAAGUUAAAUUCUCAAGUCACAGAAUUAGCACUAUUUGAUAUCGUUAAUGCUAAAGGAGUAGCUGCCGACUUAUCUCACAUAUGUUCUCCGGCAAAAGUAACUGGUUAUCAACCAGCAUCUAAGGAAGAUAAUUCUGCCAUCAUUUCUGCUUUGAAAGGCUCAGAAUUGGUUAUCAUUCCUGCUGGAGUACCAAGGAAGCCAGGUAUGACAAGAGCUGAUUUAUUCAACAUAAAUGCUUCUAUUAUCAGGGAUUUAGUCGCAAAUAUUGGAAGGACUUGUCCGAAUGCUGCUAUUUUAAUUAUUUCAAACCCCGUGAAUGCAACGGUUCCAAUUGCUGCCGAAGUUUUAAAAAAAUUAGGAGUCUUUAAUCCACGUAAGUUGUUUGGAGUUACUACUUUGGAUUCGGUUAGAGCAGAAACAUUCUUAGGUGAAUUAAUUGAUGAAAAACCAAGCACCUUAAAGGGUAAGAUCUCUGUUAUUGGUGGUCAUUCUGGUGACACUAUCGUUCCUCUAGUCAAUUUUACCCCAGAAAUUGCUAACAAGGUUUCAAAAUUACCUGGCAGCAAAUAUAAAGAUUUUAUUCACAGAGUUCAAUUUGGUGGAGACGAAGUCGUGAAAGCCAAGAAUGGAGCAGGCUCUGCUACUCUUUCUAUGGCAUAUGCCGGAUACAGAUUUGCAGAGGGGGUUUUGGGUUCAUUUAACACAGCGCAAUCUACUAUUCUUCCGGAUUCCUCCUAUGUUUACUUGCCUGGAAUCCCAGGUGGCUCUGAAUUUUCCUCAAAGUAUUUAAAUGGAGCUCAAUUCUUUUCUGUUCCUGUCCAUUUAAAAAACGGUGAGCUCUCUUCUUUUAUUAAUCCAAUAGAGAAGUUGAAUGUCUCCAACGAGGAAUCGAAAUUAAUUAAAGUUGCCUUAGGUGGUUUAGAAAGUUCAAUCGCUCAAGGUACUAACUUUGUGAAGGGUUCUCGGUUAUGA